UUUCUUUGUAUCGUGGGAAUUGGUGCACAUGGGCUGCCUCUGAAGUGUGGUUGCUAAUACUGUUUUUCUCUCCCUCAGCUUACAAAGAGAUUGCAGGGACAUCCUAAUAGUGCUGUUUUAAUGGUUCAGUGGCUAAAAUGUGUGUUAACGGUCCAUGCAUCUUACCUAUCCACAUUGCCUGAUCUGGUACCCCAGCUGGGAACACUAUACCAGUUAAUGGAAAGCAGAGUAAAAACUUUUCAGAAACUCUCCCACCUUCAUGGAAAGCUUAUUCUUCUAAUCACUCAAGUUACAGCGUCAGAAAAAACAAAGGGAAUGACUUGUCCUGCACAAAAGGCAAAAUUGGUGUAUGAGGAAGAAUCUUCUGAAGAGGAGUCAGAUGACGAAAUUGCAGAGAAGGACUCUGAUGAUAACUGGGAUGAAGAUGAGGAAGAGAAAGAAAGUGAAAAAGAUGAGGAUGUUGAUGAGAACGAUGAGGAGGAGGAAGAUGCUGAAGAAAAAGAUGAAGAGAAUGGGGAGGAGGACAGGGAUGUAGCCAGUGAGAAAGAAUUAAAUGGAGAUUCUGACUUAGAUCCUGAAAAUGAAAGUGAAGAAGAGUGAGGACGGAGAACAAGCCGAUGGAGCUGUCAUCUCCGGUACACCUUCCCCAAUGCUGCCGAGUUCUCCUGGGAAGGGUUGUCUCUGGGACAGGCGCCAAGGACCGUUGCACAUUUCCAGAUUCCUCGUGGUGGUUCCCAUGCCGUCUCGCUGUCCUGAGCACCCCAGACUUCACUGUGUAUAUAAGAGUGUUUCCUUCAAAUGUUAAUAAACUUUACACAGCAAAUAGACACCUUUUCUGCAAUGUACUGACAUGAGUGUCCAAUAUAUGGUAUAUUUUUAUAAUAUAAUAUCCCAGUAUGGUUGGUUAUAGCAAGAAUUGACAUAAGUGAAGACACAGACAUCUCCCAUGUAGGGUUUCAAAAACUGGACUUUUGUGAAGGAGUCAGCUCUUAUCUCAGGUUGGUAUCUUUCAUCAGAUCCAGAUACAAAGCGGCACUAGUGAAAACAAUUUUUAAUUUGGUACAUUUUCAUAAAAUAUGAAGGGAUAACUAAAGAUUCGGAGCAAAAACAGUUGGGAUUUAAAAACUUUUAAGUAUCAGUAUCCCUAGCUUGCUUGCUAUUAAUGGUGGUGAUCUGAUUUGAGUCAGGUUGAGUAUUUGGAGUGCUUCCCCCAAACAGCCACUUAUUUUUUAAGCUGUCAUGUGGAAUAUUUUUUUAAAACACAAAAAAUUAUGGUAAUUAAAAAACUAAAGAAUUAGCCAUAUUAAGGAUUUUUCUUGACUGCAGGUUGCCUGUAAAGAAUCAUCAGUGUAUAGAUUUAGAAGUACUCAUUAUCUGCAACUUUUUAAAAAAUUCAGUUAUAGCUGCUUUUGAAGAGGUUUUCAUUUUUAUUUAAAUUACUAAUGGAUCAAAGAACAACUGUUUAUUUUUUCUCUUUGGUUUUAGAUAUUAAUGAUAACCUUGUUGGAAUUUUUUUCCAAAGAAAAUAUUUUUAUAAUUCAGUAAUUUAAUGUUUUCCUUCCUUUUCAUUACCCACUCUUGGCAGUGUUAGGGUAUCUGUUUACCUUUAAAAUAAUAAAUCUGACUCAAGAUUUUUUAUGUAUGUAUAAAUAAGUAUUUUGGUGUGCUACAAAAGCCUUUUCAAAUUAUCAGUAAUUUUUUUUUUUUAAAUUAAAAGAAUGAGCCAGUAUUUGUGUAGUGCUCUCUAGGGAACAAUGCAGAUGGAAGCUCAACUCUAAGGGAGGGCUGGGGAGAUGGGUUUAUUUUUACCACCUGUGAAUAUGUAGAACACAAAACCAUUAUCUCUGAGGGACUUUUUAACUUUAAUGGCAGAACAGAGAUUUCUGUGCUCAACUCAUAGAGCUGGAGCCACACAAGCAUCUUGGGAAAACAAGUUUGAGCCGCUACUGGUGUAAUGUACAGUUAUAUUUGUCUAUAAAUGGAACUGUUUAUGGCAAUUUAAUACCAUUCUCUUUGUAAAGUGAAUAAAUAUUCAUCUUUACCCGG